CACGCACCCAACCCAACCCAACCCCUCGUGCCCUCCUCUCUCUCUCGAUCGAACCCUAGCGGUCCACUCCUCCCUGGCCGCCACCACCUCCGGCGCCCUCUGUCCGCCGCCACCUCCGGCGCCCUCUGUCCGGCGAGAUCGAUAUGGAUCGAUCCCCUCCAACCCUCCGACUCCACGACUCAUCCUCCUCCUCUCUGGAUCCCAAUCCCGGCCUCCUCCACGCUGAGCCGAGCGACACUCCCCACUCCCAGACGAAACCCUAGCCUGAGACCCCUUCCUCCUCGAUGGCCAACCCCUCCAUGGCGGCCGGCGGCAGGAUGCCGUUGGCGGAGGGGGUCCGCACCGUCGGGGCCCAGAUCCGCAACCGCAUCCGCAUCUUCGUCUUCUCUCUCUUGCCGGCUCCGACAGAGAGACAAACUUCCAAAUCUCUCUCGCUGCGGGCGAGCGGGCGGGGAUGGAGAGCCCCACAUCGGCGGCGUCGCGGGUGGACUUCUACGGCUUCCUCGACCGCAUGCGCCGCCCAGAGGCCGCCGGCCUCUUCCGCUCCAUCAAGAGCUUCCUCACCUCCAUCUCCCUCGACGAGCCCAGCACCGAGGCGGACGGCGCCAGGGUCCAGGCCUUCUUCACGGAGAUGGAGGCGGCCAUCCGGGGGCACCCGCUCUGGGCCGAGGCCACCCACCAGGAAAUCGACCACGCGCUCGAGGUCUCAGAAUCAAUUUCCUGUCAUAAAUUUUUAUUUUCGGGAUCCUCGCGUUGAACGCCUCUGCUUGAUUUCCCCCUGCGUGCCGAGCAGGGCCUCAAGAAGUACAUCAUCACCAAGCUGUUCGACCGCACUUUCGCAGCCUCGCCGAAGGACGCGGCCGCCGACGCCGAGGUCUCGGACAAGAUCGGCCUCCUGCAGCGCUUUGUCAGGCCCCAUCACCUCGACAUACCCAAGGUCCUCAACAACGAGGCUUCCUGGCUGUAUCGGCGACAACAAGAAGGCCUGGAAGACCGGACACUGCAGGGCACUGAAGAUAAAGCUUACAGAAAGAAAAAAAGAUCUUGAGGUGGCCUUUCUUCGGCAUGAUGUUAAUAUACUGAUGUUAACAUAUGCAUCUACUGUACUCCUGUGCAUGAUGUUAAUAAACUGAUGGAAUGAAUAGGGUACCAUCUCUUUGUUA